AUGCGGACCGCGCUGCGGUUUAAAAUGCAUGGCGAGCACUCUUUGGGCCGCCGUCUCUUUUCUACUUACUUUUGCCGCCGGUGCAGCCCGUUCUUUGGUUCCAAACAUGCUCACCGAGCAGGAGAGACCGUGACUCAUCACGCGUCGACUCGGCCGACGACGAUGUGUCCAGCCUCGCGGACCCUCGCGGUGACCGCGACCCUCGCGGUGCUCGCGAACCUUCUGAAGGGAUGCGCGGAGACGGAGGACGACGGUGUGGUGGCAUCCCCGUGUGCCCGUGACAAGAUCGUCUCCUGCAACGCCGAGAAGUCCGCUUUGACCACAUCGGUCUGUGGCGCCACCGAGUAUUCGAAGGUCUUUGCGGGUGAAACCACUGUGGCGGCGUGUUGCCAGGCGCUGAAAGAAGCCCAGGCGUGCUAUUUGGAUGGAUGCGGCUGCGAGACCCCCUGCGCUGCUGAGGACCAGGCGGAAGCUUGCCCGAGCAGCGGCAAGCUGAGCGACCCCAUCAACUUCUGGGCAUACAUCAUGGACGGGUUGAACAAGACCGGUGAGACCUGCCAAGCGGCCGGUGUAUCGCCCGCCAGAUGCGAGGAUUGA